UGGACAUCAGUUUCUCUGCUACCGCUCUCCCACUCUCUGUUUUAUCUUCUUUCUUUCUUCGAACGGCGUGUUGAACAGAUAAGACUCAACUCACAGGCAUUCAUUGCUACGAGAUCCAAGAUGGCUUCGGUGCAUGCUACCAUAACAGCAACUGUUUGUAAGAGUGGGAAGGGAAGCCGUUCCUAUCCCACAAAAUCACUGAAUACUGCCUUCUUGCCUGGGAUUGACGUGGUUGGACGUGUUUCCGGUGCAUGCAAGGAAUUAUAUCCUUCAUCUAUUGCCUUGGUUCCUAGAGCCACUCUGACCUUUGAACCCCCAGAAACCAGUACGGAGAAGGCCAAAAACAAGAAACAUAACGUUGAUACAUCAUCUCCUGAUUUUCUUCCGCUUCCUUCAUUUGACCAAUGUUUUCCAAAGAGUACAAAAGAACACAGGGAAGUUGUUCACGAAGAGACAGGGCAUGUGCUCAAAGUACCCUUUCGAAGGGUUCAUUUAUCUGGUGAUGAACCAAACUUUGACAAUUAUGACACUAGCGGUCCACAAAACAUCAGCCCCCGCAUUGGAUUGCCUAAACUUCGGAAGGACUGGGUUGAUAGGAGGGACAAAUUAGGCGGACCAAGAUACACCCAGAUGUAUUAUGCCAAGCAAGGAAUCAUAACUGAAGAAAUGCUGUUUUGUGCCACUCGUGAGAAGCUUGACCCAGAGUUUGUGAGGUCAGAGGUUGCUCGUGGACGGGCAAUUAUCCCUUCCAACAAGAAACAUUUGGAGUUGGAGCCCAUGAUUGUGGGUAGAAAUUUCUUGGUCAAAGUAAAUGCAAAUAUUGGAAACUCUGCUGUUGCAAGUUCUAUUGAAGAAGAAGUUUAUAAAGUCCAAUGGGCAACAAUGUGGGGAGCUGAUACUGUCAUGGACCUCUCUACUGGUCGCCACAUUCACGAGACUCGUGAAUGGAUACUGCGGAACUCUGCCGUACCAGUAGGAACUGUUCCUAUCUAUCAGGCACUUGAAAAAGUGAAUGGAAUAGCUGAAAACCUCACCUGGGAGAUUUUCAGGGAAACGCUGAUUGAACAAGCUGAGCAGGGUGUAGACUAUUUUACCAUUCAUGCUGGGGUCUUACUGCGGUAUAUCCCUCUAACAGCAAAACGCAUGACGGGAAUCGUAUCACGUGGAGGAUCUAUUCAUGCAAAGUGGUGUUUAGCUCAUCAUAAGGAAAAUUUUGCUUAUGAACACUGGGAGGACAUACUUGACAUCUGUAAUCAGUACGAUAUAUCCCUAUCGAUUGGUGAUGGGCUGAGACCUGGUUCAAUUUAUGAUGCCAAUGACACUGCUCAAUUUGCAGAGCUCUUAACUCAGGGUGAACUGACUCGUAGAGCAUGGGAAAAAGAUGUGCAGGUAAUGAAUGAAGGACCUGGACAUAUUCCAAUGCAUAAGAUCCCUGAAAACAUGCAGAAACAGCUUGAGUGGUGUAAUGAAGCACCUUUCUAUACUCUUGGUCCUUUGACUACAGAUGUUGCUCCUGGUUAUGACCACAUUACCUCUGCCAUUGGUGCUGCCAAUAUUGGAGCUCUCGGCACGGCCCUUCUCUGUUAUGUGACACCGAAAGAGCACCUAGGUUUGCCAAAUCGAGAUGAUGUGAAAGCUGGAGUAAUAGCGUAUAAGAUAGCUGCUCAUGCAGCUGAUCUAGCCAAGGGUCACCCACAUGCCCAAUCGUGGGAUGAUGCACUGAGCAAGGCGAGAUUCGAGUUCCGAUGGAUGGAUCAGUUUGCUCUGUCAUUGGACCCCAUGACUGCCAUGUCCUUCCACGAUGAAACCUUGCCAUCAGAAGGUGCCAAGGUGGCCCACUUCUGCUCUAUGUGUGGACCCAAGUUCUGCUCCAUGAAGAUAACCGAGGAUGUGCGGAGGUAUGCUGAGGAACACGGGUACGGGAGCGCAGAGGAAGCUCUGCAGCAAGGGAUGGAUGCUAUGAGUGCUGAGUUUUUGUCUGCGAAGAAAACCAGUAGUGGUGAACAACAUGGUGAAACUGGUGGAGAAAUCUACUUGCCCGCUAGCUACAUGGACUCCCUGAAAAGAUGAAGGAUCGCUCGAGGAAGAGGAGAAAGGGUUUGAAAUGUCGGAGACUUUCAAUAUUGGACCGACCAGAACAUCGAUACCUGCGCGAAUCUCCAGUUUCAGCACAUGGAAGAGUAUAAAGUUUAGCUUGUCUAUUCCCUUUUAUUGACUAUAUUUAAGUGUGCUUUGCUUCUAUUUAUCCUUUAUCUCUUGGAAAUAAGAAAAGUUAUUGCUUUGCUUGAUAUUCA